UUUGCCAGUGACAAUAUAGUUAACGCCAAUUGUCAUGUCGAAAUCAGAGCAAUAUCAAGCCGACAUUGAAAAGGCACUCACCCAAUUUAUACAAGAGGCCAGCAGCUACAGAGCGACAGCAAAUGUCGAGAGUGUCCCGUCUGCCAAUAUUGCCACGUUUGUCCAAACUCAUAUUGCGCCUGUGAACGGUCCAACCAACCGUUUGAACGUGACAAUACCUGAAGGCAAAUUCGAUUGGCGUAGAAAUGCUCUCGAGUUGGCUUUUCGUCGCAAAUUGCUUGAUGUUAUUGUACGCUUACCCGAGUCAGACAAAGAGCGUUACCACCAAGUGUUUGAUUGCUUGGACACUAUUCUUGCUAUAUCCGAAGCAGAUUAUGUCGACACCGUCGUACCACUGACGCUCAUCGAGGAGUUAUUGGAUAUUCACACCAUCAGCGGCUGCGAGCAUUUAUUCAGUUAUGUUGAGAAACGAAAGAAUCAACUCACAGUGAAUAUGGUGCCUGGACGAGGAAAGGGGCUUAUUUUGUUGCGCAUGUGUAAUGAGAUGCUUCGUCGCUUAUCCAAAGAAAAAAACACCGUUUUUUGCGGUCGCAUUCUCAUGUUUCUUGCCAAUUCAUUUCCUUUGGGUGAACGAUCAGGUGUCAAUUUACGCGGUGAUUUCAAUACCGAGGUUGUGCGUUUCGACAGUGACGAAGAAGUGGAUGCCGACACUACAAUGACAGACGAUCAGAAAGAAUUCUACAAAUUAUUUUGGUCCAUACGAAAGUAUUUUUCCAAUCCUCCCACGAUUUUCCAGGGUGAUAACUUUAAAGAACUGCAAAAGGGAGCGGAUGCCAUUUUGCAUAAAUUUCAAGACAUUGCCAAGCGGGAAGAAGCGAUUUCGGGGGCAGGCAAUAGCAAAGAAGCCUUCAGCGUGAGCCAGAAACGAGAGCGUAUACCUGAUAUCGAUGAUGAAAGCAUGGAUACAGCCGAACAAAUGUUGAAAGAGAUUAAUCGCGAUUAUCAAUUUCCCCGAUUACUGAGUAGUCGAAAGCUGCUGGAGCUGGAGAUUGAAGACGCCCGAUUCCGCCGUAAUGUGAUGGUGCAAUUUCUUAUCCUUUUUCAGUAUCUGUCUGGAUUUACUAAGGAGGAGAAAGAAGCGACGCAAAGUUUAUUAUCAGCACGAGGCGCGACCGCUAAACAAUCGCUUGUUCAACCCACAUUUACACUGGAAGAUGAUCAGAUGGCUUGGGUGGAAGAGAUGAAAACGACCAUGAUAUCGCUUUUGAAAGCAAUUAAACCCCACGGAAAAAUGUACACUGAAAUCGUAUUGACGAUACUUCGUCAUGAAAGAAACUGGAUCAUCUGGAAAGCGUCGGGUUGUCCUGUAUUUGAAAAACCUCCCAUUAGCGCUCAGGUUUUGCAAGAUCUGUGGAAAUCCAAACGACCACGCUUGGUACGAUCGGCCCCUCCCUUCCGAUUCAUCUAUGGCAAUGCAGAAAUGACCAACAUGUAUGGACGUCCGCGCGAAACUCUGAGUACACUGAUGCAGAGUCGUCCUCCUGCACCUGCUGCCGUCCAAGUAAUAGAUCGUGCGAUUGCUGCAUUGGAUGAUUCGCUUGAUCCGCCUCGGGAACGGUUUAACCUGGCCAACGGAGCGUUAUUUCAGUCGACGAGACUUUUAUUCCGCACCCACGCUUACCUGAUACCGAAAGUGUAUGUUGCCAAGAAAGAGAUUUACAAAGCCUUGCGCGAAUCUGAAAAGACGAGCGAGAACGAGGAUAAACCGGAAGAAGCGACGGUGAAAGUAGUCAGUCAAGAGAUAACAGAAGAUCAGGUUCAAGCGGAAAUCAAGGUACUACAAAGUACCCGACAAAUCAUCUUGGAUGAACAAGGAAAAGCAUAAUUCUAUCUUUUAGACAAUUCAUCGAAUUUUGUAAAUAACAAUUUUUUUUUAUUCUAUUUUCUUAUCUGAUGUUUGUAUGCUUUUAAAAUCAUUAGUAGAAUAUCAGGCAACCCUCACCAUCUUCCACAACAAUUUCCUAGCAAUAUCUUUUUUUAGCUUGCAUUUGAUAAAAAUUCUAGAGACAGCACUACUGCCA